AUGAAUAAGGAGAGCGAGCCAAUGACCCAGGAAGAGGUCGACCUCGACAAUCUUCUUGAUGACGCAUUAGAUGACUUUGCGGACGAAGUGAAGGCCUCAGAAAUGUCAAAUGUCUUGAAGGAAGCCGACACUACGACAGCAGCAACGCAGGAAAGGGAAGAUAACAAAUUGGAGGAGAAUAUGGCGAAAAUCCUUGAAGACUCACAAAAUCCCGAGUUCCAGAAAGUGUUGGAGCAGGCUUUUCGCGAACUGGGAACAAAUGAGGAUGCUGAAAAUAUUGAACAGCUAUUAGGCUCAUUGAAAACGGAAAACUUGCCGGAUGAGUCGGAUGAUGUUCAUGUUGGGGUGGCCAAGACGCUGCAGAAUAUGGCAAAAGUGGCGGAGGAAAUGGAAGGUGUGGGUACGGCACAGGUAGAAGCUAUGGGGGAGAAUAUGAUGGCCGAGAUGAUGAAGAAGUUUGAGGAAAUGGGGGAUAAGAGUGAUUUUCAGGAAUUAGUUGAUGGAAUGAUGCAGCAGCUACUGUCAAAAGAUGUGAUGUAUGAUCCGAUGAAGCAGAUCUGCGAACGGUAUCCUGAGUGGCUAGCGGACAAGGAAAUGUUAUUAGAAAAAAAGGAUUAUGAACGAUAUGGCAAACAAUAUCAAUACUUUCAGCGUAUUGUAGCAACGUAUGAGUCAGAGCCGGAUAACUUUGCUCGAUUAUCAGAGCUCAUGCAGGAAAUGCAAGAGACCGGUCAACCUCCUUCAGAAAUUAUCAAAGACCUUGCUCCGGGCCUGCAGUUCGACGAUGAAGGAAUGCCAAUCAUGCCCAAUAUGGGUCCCGGCAUGUUCUCUGGUUUGGCUGGAGUGCCUGGCAUGCCUUUUGGUGUUAGACUUUUACUAGUGAUGGAGCACCUGGACGCAAUAUCUUUUGGCGUCUUUUCGUUUCUUGAGGCUCAUGAACGUGUUUCCCGAGUCGAAGCCGCGCCGCUUGUUGGAGCUACUCAAUUGGAGCUUAAACUCUGGGAGCAGCAAAAUCUCCCUCAUAAGCUUCCAAAAGAUAUGCAGCACUUUUACAUGCUUGUUAACGGACUGUCAGUGAAGUGGUUUGCACCAUUUCGAGGCGAAACAAUAUUAGUUGGACAUUUUCUGCUAAAUUCGCUUCAGAGCUUACAACGGAUCUCAAUUGCAAAUUUUUUCUCACAAUGUCGAGCUGCAGAUCAGCAUCGACUUGGUCUGGAAACGUUCUACAACAACCUCGUUGGGUUCAUCCUCGAAUCCUCUUUGCAGUAUGGCAAUGUUGUUCUUCUCUAUCUUCCAGGUCCGCAAAUUUGGUUUCAAGAUAUAAGAGGGAAGUGGAGCUUUCUUGCCGAGACGUUCAGCAAUUAUUAUCGGAUGAUGCUCACCCAUCUGGGCAUCAUAUCCUGGCAGACCAUCUUUUCCGAAAGUGGUGUUGACCCCAUGCGAAAGCCAUGGCUUUAUCUGUUCAUUAAAAGUCGAAUGCUCAUAAAUGAAGAGGCUUGCGAUCAAAGUAGCUAUGACAAAUAA